UGGGGCAGGAGCCCUCCCUAUACCUGUCAAAAGCAACAGAGAAGGAUUCGAAUGCUCAAUCCACCAGGACCUUUAGCACAUCCCGUAUCUCUUGUGGAGUCCUUGGCACGAAGAAGAGAUUCUCCUCGGGAAAGCUUAAGUCAAAUGCAAAUGCUUGAAUCAAAGACUUGGCUUGACUCAGCCUUGACCUCCCUCGCUCAAUUCGAGAGAAACCCUUGCUAAAAGAAAAGGGAAGCAUGUAGUUCUACUCAAUAAGAGAUGAUAAGGAUUCAGUUUAGGCUCUAUGAAGUCAAUCAGGAGUCGCUUUGCUAAUAGGAUUUGAGAAAGCUUCUUCCUCAACCGUGCCCAAGAGAGAGUAAGGACAGCCAAUCCGGUCUGUCCUUGCAGAUGUAUAAAAUAGAACACGAGGUCAAAGGAAGGGGAUUCUUAUUGUAUUCUGUAGAAACUAGCUUAGGACAUGGAAGCAUAACGGGGGACUAAUUGGAUGGAGCAGAAGCUCUCUAGGGCUUGCUCUCAUCGCUGCAGCUAAGAAUCUUUAUUAUUAAGGAGUCUCGGGAUUGUAGCGAAGAGAAUUAAAGGCUAGCUCGACGAUAGGGAGAGGGAGGGACUUAGUGCUUCUGUGCCCCUAAUUUUUAACGUAGUCUUCUUACCAAACCAAGCAGGUUUCCAAGUAAGACCGAGACUUGAUCUUCUUGAUUCUGGAAUCAGCAUAGGUUCUUUCCUCGAAUCAAUCAAGACAUGGUACGUGGACUAGCAAUCGUUGUCUAAUUAAGUAAGGGUCCUUUUUCAAUCAUUCUACGAGCUAACUAUCUACGAGAGCAUAGGCCAUUGGUUAAAGAUAGGCACCGAUCAGAUCAAGAUUGUUCCACUCCGCCUGGGGAGUACGUUCGCAAGAUUGUUGCUACUUAACGUGGGUAAUGGCUUAGAAACAUCUAAUAGGACAUGUCUUUCAGCGCAUGCCUUUCCCUACCAGCCUGGCUCAUUGAUUAAAGGCAAUGUCUUUUA